AACUAUGAUAAUCAUCACUAUUAUUCGCUGAUUGAUGCGUUGUUAUCAUUUUUAUAAAAAAAAAUUUCAAGUAAAAAAUCUAAAAAACGGUUGACUUUGUGGACCAACCCCAGAUUGGGUUUACGAUUUUUUAUUUUAUUGCAAUAAAAAUAAAAUAAUUAUUGUAUCACAGAUAUCAAGAAGUAUCCACGUAAGUUCAAAAACUCCCGUUUAUUUAUUGGAAUCUACAUACUCUGGAAUUUCAGUGAAGCCAGUUUUAGAAAUGUUUAAUCCAAGUACACUCACUAAAUCAUACGAUGAUAGGUAUCAAUAUCUACAAUCUGAUAAAACUUUUGAUGAAAAUCCAUUUUCAUUUCAGGAAUAUAAUAUUGAUGAUAUAUAUUUACGGACUGGUGGAAAAUUUCGUAAAUCGAAUGAUAAAAACUCAAACGAAAAUUUAAGUCGAGGUUUUUGGGACAGCAUUUCCGAAUGGAUGGGACUAUCGUAUGAUCCUCCUACACCAAGUAUACCAUCUAGACCAAUACCGGAAAUAAUUUAUCUCGAAAUAUUAAUUAUUAUUGACUAUCAAUUAUAUAAUUCAUUUAAUAAUCUCGAACAAUUAAUUAAUUAUUUAUACACUUUUUGGGAUAAUGUUGAUAAUCUUUAUGCUUCAUUAUAUAGUCCACAAGUUAAAUUGAGUAUUGCUGGUGUCAUAAUUCCUACGGAUCCAAAUGUAUUUGAAUUUCUGGAACCCGAGUCAACAGGUUUAUUUAAUUGGGCCGGUGGUUUGGAUUACGAAAACGCUCGGCGGAGUAUGAAUUCAUGGUUAUAUAAAUAUAAAAAUACAUUUCCGGAUGAUAGUUAUGAUUUAUUUAUGAUAAUGACAUCAUCAGUUUAUAAUAGUAUAUUUUCGAGCACUAUUGGACAAGCGACUGUCGCAGGCGCUUGUAGAAAAAGUGAUAAUUCCCAAACAUUAAAUAGAGGAGGGAUAAUAUAUAUAAAUCCAAAAUUAAACAAUGUUAUUACAGCAGCCCAUGAAAUAGGACAUUUACUCGGUAUUUACCAUGAUGAUGAACUUGGGUGUUCAAACGAUUAUAUAAUGUCCGCAAUUAACGAAAAAUAUAAUACCAAAUGGUCAUCGUGUUCCCAGGAAGCAUUGCGACAGUUUUUGAGGGAUUAUAAUCCGAUGUGUUUAUAUAAUAAACCAGAUACUUUUGAUGUUUAAAUUUAGUAUUUUGUAAUAUAUUACUAUUUAUUCUUAGUAUAGAUGAUUUUUUUAAGUAAGCAAUAAAAUUUAUAAAAA